AUGAAGGAAUUGGGUCCAGCAAAGAAGAUCCUUGGAAUGCAAAUCACGAGAGACAAGAAGAAAGGGUCCUUGCGGUUGUCUCAGACGGAGUACAUCAACCGUGAUUUGCAAAGAUUCAACAUGGGCGACGCCAAGCCUUUAGAACUCAAAUUUAUGUUGUUUUCGCAGGUCAAGCCUAUUCCGAAAACUUUCACAUCUUUGGAGCAAUAUUUAGGUUCUUAUACAUAUCCGCUGAUAGAAGAAGCACGUGCUGAUCUCUCUUCAGUUUUGGAAGGCUUCUCUCGAGCACCUUUUAUCGAAAUAAAAGCAAUAGAAAAACUCAUGCCUAAAAAGCAACUAUUAUACAGCAUGGAGGUUGCAAACCGAGAAAAUUUAUUAGAGAAAAAAGAAUUCUUUGCUCGAUUUCCACUCUAUAUGGCCGAGACAAAAAAGGCCUCCAUUAAGCUUAUCUGGGGGCCUCCUGGAACUGGUAAAACCAAAACAAUCAGUACUUUGCUGCUGGCUCUCCCAAUGAAAAAAAGCAAAACACUUUCCUGUGCUCCUACGAGUACUGCAACAGUGGAGGUAGCGACUCGACUCCUCAAGUUGGUUAGCGAAGCUUGUGGAAAUAGCUGUUUCCUCGGAGAUGUCAUUUUGUUUGGAAACAAGAAUAGAAUGAAUGUUGAUGAUAAUCUCAGUGAAAUAUUUUUAGAUGACCGAGUUGACAGGCUUUUGAAGUGUUUCAUGCCACUAACAGGCUGGAGGCACUACGUUGGAAUCUUGGUUGUUGAUGAAGCUGCCAUGAAAGAAUGUGAGUCCCUAAUUCCCUUGCAGCUCUCUGGGGUACGACAUGCCAUUUUCAUAGGCGAUGAACACCAGCUUCCCGCUUUGGUUAAAAGCCAGGUUUCUGAGAAUGCUGCCUUUGGAAGAAAUCUUUUUGAAAGACUAAGCUCACUGGGGCAUGAGAAACACCUCCUUAAUGUUCAGUAUAGGAUGCAUCCAUCAAUCAGCAAGUUCCCAAAUUCAAAUUUCUAUGACAAGAAAAUCUCAGAUGGUCCCAAUGUCAUGUGUGAUAGCUACGAACAGAAAUAUUUAGCUGGCUCAAUGUAUGGUUCCUACUCAUUUAAAAACAUUCAGUCUGGAAAAGAAUCAAGAGAUAGCAAUGGACGGAGUCUGAAGAAUAUGAUAGAGGUUACCGUGAUACAACAAAUCAUCAAAAAUGUUAGAAUAUAGAAUAUAUUCUUAGCAUUUAUUGUCAUAAUAUCUAAUUGAUAUUUACCUUGUAUAGGUUUCCUCAUAUGGUUAGUUACCUUGUAUAGGUUUCCUCAUAUGGUUAGUGUAGGAGUUUCCUUUUGUAACUCUUACCUAUUUUGCUUUUGUAAAUCACUAUAUAUUGUGAGUAAUGAAACACUAAACACUCACGGCAAAUAUUCCCUUCUAUCUUGGUAUCAGAGCUAUUAUUUUUUCCUACCUCUUCCAAACCCUCUUCAUUUCCCUUCUUCGGCA